GCUCUCCAGGUAAAGAUGGCGGAGCGCGGGUACAGCUUUUCGCUGACUACAUUCAGCCCAUCAGGUAAACGUGUUCAGAUUGAAUAUGCGUUGGCUGCUGUAGCUGGAGGAGCCCCUUCAGUGGGAAUUAAAGCUGCAAAUGGUGUGGUAUUAGCAACUGAGAAGAAACAGAAAUCCAUUCUGUAUGAUGAGCGAAGUGUACACAAAGUGGAACGAAUUACCAAGCAUAUAGGUUUGGUAUACAGUAGCAUGGGCCCAGAUUACAGAGUGCUUGUGCACAGAGCUCGAAAACUCGCUCAGCAAUACUAUCUUGUUUACCAAGAACCCAUUCCCAGAGCUCAGCUGGUGCAGAGAGUAGCUUCUGUGAUACAGGAAUAUAACCAAUCAGGUGGUGUUAGUUCAUUUGGAGUUUCUUUACUUAUUUGUGGUUGGAAUGAGGGACGACCAUAUUUAUUUCAGUCAGAUCCAUCUGGAGCUUACUUUGCCUUGAAAGCCACAGCAAUGGGAAAGAACUAUGUGAAUGGGAAAACUUUCCUUGAGAAAAGAUAUAAUGAAGAUCUGGAACUUGAAGAUGCCAUUCAUACAGCCAUCUUAACCCUAAAGGAAAGCUUUGAAGGGCAAAUGACAGAGGAUAACAUAGAAGUUGGAAUCUAUGAAGCUGGAUUUAGGAGGCUUACUCCAAGCGAAGUUAAGGAUUACUUGGCUGCCAUAGCAUAAUAAUGAAGUGAUUGA